UGUUCUUCUCUGUCCUUGAAGAAUCCGUCAUCUCUCCCCAGUGCCCCGGCCUCUGGCUGCUCCCCAAGGUUAUGCCCCCUGUCCUUUGGCGAAGGAGUGGAGUUUGACCCCUUACCACCGAAGGAAGUAAGGUACACUUCCUCGGUCAAGUAUGACUCAGAGCGGCACUUCAUCGAUGACGUGCAGCUGCCCCUGGGCCUGGCAGUGGCCUCCUGCAGCCAGACAGUCACCUGCAUCCCCAAUUGCACAUGGCGCAACUAUAAGGCUGAGGUGCGCUUUGAGCCCCGCCACAAGCCCACACGCUUCCUCAGCACCACCAUCAUCUACCCCAAGUACCCCAAGACCGUCUAUACCACCACCCUGGAUUACAACUGCCGCAAGACGUUGAGGAGGUUUCUGUCCAGCGUGGAGCUGGAAGCCACAGAGUUCCUGGGCAGCGGUUACCUCUCUGAUGAAUGCUGACUCGAGCAGGCUGGGUUGGGGCUGGACCAGCUCUUCCACUGCCCUGGGCGACCCUGGUCACUUCAGGCAACGCUGGCCCUGCAUGUCAUUCCAGCCCCAGAGGAGUCCAACCUAGAGAUACCUCUCAGCCCAGCCUGGGGAAGGAAAAAAAGUCACUGCAUCUUAUAAUUAUUGAGAUGUUUGGUUUUUUUGGUUUUUAAUUUCCAAAUGGUUUUAAAAAGGAGCAUAUUUCCUGGUUUGCUGCUUCAUAGUUCCCCCAAACUCUCGAUUCGAUGAGAAAUAGAAAGACCACUAGAGCAAAAGGAAGAUGGAACAAUUUGAAAUAGGGGAGGAUAGGAGAGCCUGUCUUCUGCUAGUCAGUUUUUCUGAAGAGCCUGGAAAAGUCCCUGGGACAGAAAGAGUGAGUUUUAAAAAAUUUUGGCCAUGGGUGUCUUCACUGCUACUAAAGUGGUGCUAAUUCAGUAACUUGUGACGCCCAUAUGGGUUCAAUCUGUGGAGAGCUGAGUUCCAUUCCAUUUGUUAUUUCCACUUCCAUUUGUGUUCCCUGUUAGCCAAAACUCUUGGAAUUUUCUAAAUCUUUUCCACAAUAUCAAAAAACCCCAAAUCACAAUAUAAGAUGGAUGCCUUAAAAAAAAAAGGUUCACAGUGCUCUCAGCUGAGGUCAAUGGAGGGCCGAGUCCGGGAGCAGUGGCUUCGGUUCCAGCCCCUUGCACCGGGUCGUUCCACGUGCAGGCUCUGGCAAAGCACCUUGUGCCCUCGGCAUCAGGUGAACAUCUCCACAGGCUCGUGUAAUUCUCCUGAGUUUCAAAAUACUUUCCCAUUUUUUCAUAAGACAAAAUGUAGCUGAGGGCCUUUUUGAGAGAAAUGGCCUCUUUAAAGAAUGCUUUGGAAUAACACUUUUUGAGACUUCACGAGGGGGGUUUCCAGUCAGGACAGGAACCGAAGGCCACUCCUAAGUCCGGCUGCCACCAGAAGGAGGUGGAUUUAGAUGUUUCUGGUGAUCUGGUUCAUCAUCAUGGGUGCCUGGAUUGACUCAUUCUCAGGACUUCAAUGGUGUCAACAAAUUGCAGAGAAAUACUGCUGGCGCCUUAGGUCUGAUUCAAAAAGCAAGGAAAUCUGCCCUCCUUCUAGGUUAAGCUAAGGCAAAUUCAGAAUAGGGAGUGAUGUCACAAUUCAGGCUCCAAGACCUGGCCCCCACAGUGAUGGCAUGCAUUUUUUCUAUUGCCACUGUAUAAGUGGAAGUGACAGUCGUGGAGUUGGCCAUGAACAGAUGUUCCCAAAGAAACUGUGUGCAUUCAGCAGAACUGGCUGCGACAGAGGGACGACAGCGGGGCCCAGAGGCUGCUGUGGGCCAGGUGGCCACUGGGCCUGAGCCCCUGCUCACCUGCCUUCCACCACCACCUACCCUGCCCCAGCCCUUGCUUCUUAGAACCUCCUGCCCAUUCCUGCAGUGUUUGAGUAAAGAAAGAGGCAGGUGGCUUUUUUUUCCUUCCAGUAUCGGAAAGAGCAAACCAUAGAUAUUUCUUUGAAUACAUCCAAAUUGUCAAGUGCUCAAGGGUCUCAGAGCAUUGUAAGCUCAGCCUCCUGCUGUGCCUCCGGGUGUCUGUGGAUGGCUUCUAACUGUCCUGAAAGCUGAAUUGAUAGCUCUAUGGGUUCCCUAGAGCCACAGCAGGGACUUUUGUCACAAGGAAAGCAGGUGCAAUGAUAAUUGCCUUCAUUGAAAGUCAUUGGAACCUAGGGAGCCAAGUUGUCUGGUGUUUUCUUCAGACAACAAUGCUUAGUUUGUUGUGCUCCUAACUGAUGGGACACAUCCCCUUGGACAGAGCCUGCAGUCGGCUUCCUAGUCCUGAGUUUGCCAGGGUGAAGCUCAGCAGGGACUCAGCAAAGGGGGCAUUCUGGGACCCCAGAGUCUCCUUGGUCAUAUGUAGAGAGCAAAUGCUUCCUGCGUUUGGAGGAGCAAAUUACAUGGCAUUUAUUGAUGAAAAUGGAUUUUUCUACCCAAUUUUGUAGUGUUGUCAUUUAAGUGGUAAAUGUAAUUUUCUAAUUGCGUUAGGAGAAUUUCCCAAGACUUUGCUCUGCCCCAGUGGAGACACUUGGGGUGAGCUCAGAACAACAUUGUGAACAGCAUGGCAGGAGAGAGCAGCGUUCUGAGACGUCCUUAUGAGACUCUUUUGUCUUAGGAGUAUUGUGUUAAGUUUGGACAAAUCAUUCUAGACGUGGAGAGAAUCUGAAAUAGACCAGUAGAGUAAGUAGAAGUGCGCGAUUGUGAAUGUGUUAUGCAAAUGGAAAAGCAGGUUUUAUUUUGUUAAGUUAUUCACUAGGGAACCAACUGCAGUUCUUUCUAAUCCUCUCUCUUUUUUUCCAAACCUGCGUUGCUGAGAGUUGCAGAAAGGAAGGCUGUGAAGACACAUGCAACACUUCCGUGUGGACCAAAUGACAUCAGUCAAUGAGGGGUUCAGGUUAGCUUGCAAGGUGGAAGCAAUAAUUUUUAAAACUCAUUGAUUAAAAAGAAACAUUCCUAAGUGCAUCUGGGAGAUACAGUUUCGUUGUUAAUUGAAAAGCUUUUUUUCAGGGCUGGCCAGUUAGCUCAGUUGUUUGGAACACAGGCUCAGAACACCACACGGUGUUCUCAGAACAGGUCAUGGGUUCAGAUCCCCGUACCGGCCAGCCACCAAAAAAACAAAAAGAAAAACCUUUUUUCUUAUUCUCUUAAAUUAUGGCUUUUAUGUAACAAGGAUGAUGUGUAUUGUCAGAGAAAAGUGGUUUUCCUUUCAAAUCACAGACCUGUAAAAAGACUUAAUUUGAACUUUUUCACUUGACACAUUUCCUGUUUCUAACCUUAAGAAAUCCAGAAUAGUAUUUGACAAAAACUAUGUUUUAAAUUUAUCUUUGCCAUCUGUCCCACUCCAUUCUGCUUUGUGACUUCUUCAUUUAACAAUAAAUUAUCUAAAAAAUAAAA